AUGUUCUGCUCCAGGAGAGUCCUCCAGCAGUGGUGCCUGGCCGUCUUCCUGCUCUGCUCUCCGGUUCCUCACUUCGGACGGCCCAUCGACGCCCUGAGCAGCAGAAUAAAGCGUUCAGUGACUCACGCUCAGCUGAUGCACGACAAAGGCCGGACGCUGCAGGACUUUAAGCGUCGCAUGUGGCUGCAGGAGCUUCUGGACGAGGUCCACACGGCGGAGAUACGAGACCUCCCGGCCCGGACCGCCGGAGGAGGCGGGGGCAGCAGCGGCGCCGGCGUCGGGCUGCCGGGCGUCGGCCUGGGCAUCAACCUGAGCACCACCGGCAGCACCCUGCACUCCAAACCCCCCGGAGGAACCAAGAACCUCCCUAUCAGCUUCCGGCUGGAGGAGGAGGAGGGAACCAACCUGCCGCAGGAGACCAACAAGUCCCAGACCUACAAGGACGGCGUGCUGAAAGCGCCCGGCAAGAAGAAGAAGAAAGGGAGGUCCGGGAAGAGGAGGGAGGGAGACAAGAGGAAGAGGAGGGCGCGUUCGUUGGGCUGGAGGCUGGAGGAGCAACCUGGGAGUGGACUCCACCUGGAGUGGAGGUCUCUGCUCGGCCUGCAGAGGGCACUGCUGUAA